GGGGGGAGGGAGGGCGGCGCGCUUGCCAGAUCUGCGGCCCCGCCGGCGGCGGGCCGCCAUUUCCCGUCGCUCCGCAUUGGAUCAGGUUCUGGUUAUCCUCCAAAAGUGAGCUUGGGUUUCAUAGCUGCUCCCCUUUGUAGGGGAAGCUACUGCAGUCUUCAGCUUCCUGAUUUAUUGUUGCUUUCUGGUACCCUUAAGCUAUUGUUCAAGAUGUCUGUUGUCGCCUGAUGAUUGCUGCUGUGACAUCUCUCUCGCACCCUAGCACCACGUCAUCUGCGGAAUUUGACGGGCGCAGGAGCGAGGAGAGGCGUAAGAAGGGCCUCAUUGUUGCAGCUGCCUCUGGUGCAUUUGCCUCCAUUCCUUUGUCAUCGUUAGCCAUGUCUCGCAAUUUGGAGAGCCCAGUUCAGACCCAGAUGGCAGUUUCAGCCUUGAACCGUGCUCUCAGCAGUGAGUACCCUUCGAAAAGUAGAAGUGAAGGCAGAGCUAGCGGUUGGAAGCGUAUUUUUGUCCAAACUGACACUGGCUGUGUCCUGGCUGUUCAAUUAGAUCGAGGUGACAAUGCACACACGGUCAAAAGAAAGCUGCAGCUUGCCCUGAAUGUUCCCACGGAAGAGAGUUCUCUGACAUUUGGUGACCGUGUUCUUAAGAAUGAUCUCAGCACUAUCCGGAAUGAUUCUCCAUUGCUUCUAACCAAGACUUUCAUGCAUCGAAGUUCCUCGACACCAUGCUUGUCUCCUACUGGCAAGGAUGUUCAGCAGCAACGGGAUAGGGGUGGUCCUAUUGAACUGUUAGUUUGCCCAAGCCGUUGUUCUCGGACAAAGCAGCUUGUGAAGGAUGUUGCUAGGGCUAUAAGAAAUGGGGUGGAUCCAAUACCUGUCAAUAGUGGGCUUGGUGGCGCCUACUAUUUCAAAAACAGCAAAGGUGAUAAUACUGCCAUUGUGAAGCCAAAUGACGAGGAGCCAUUUGCACCCAAUAAUCCAAAAGGUUUUACAGGGAAAGCCCUUGGACAGCCAGGCCUUAAAAGAUCAGUUCGAGUUGGUGAGACUGGUUUUAGAGAGGUUGCUGCCUACCUUCUGGAUCAUGAUAACUCUGCUAAUGUCCCACCUACGGUUCUUGUUAAGAUCUCUCAUCCUGUAUUUAAUGUGAAUGAAUGUGUCAACUCAGCCAACAAGAUGGCUUCUCAGGACUAUCCAGGGGCUGUAAGCAAGAUCGCAUCAUUUCAGCAGUUCAUUCCUCAUGAUUUUGACGCCAGUGACCAUGGGACUUCAAGCUUUCCUGUCUCUGCUGUUCAUAGGAUUGGUAUUCUUGACAUCAGAAUCUUCAACACUGACAGGCAUGCUGGAAAUCUUCUGGUCAGGAAGCUGACUGGAGCAGGAAAGUUUGGGAAUCAGACUCAGCUGAUUCCUAUUGAUCAUGGUCUCUGCCUUCCCGAGUGCUUGGAGGAUCCUUAUUUUGAAUGGAUCCAUUGGCCACAGGCAUCAAUCCCGUUCUCUGAUGAUGAACUUGAGUACAUAGCUAAUCUUGACCCAAUGAGAGAUGCUGACAUGCUUCGUAUGGAGCUGCCUAUGAUCCGUGAGGCAUGCCUUAGAGUACUAAUACUCUCAACCAUAUUUCUGAAAGAAGCCACAUCUUUUGGUCUUUGCCUUGCAGAGAUUGGUGAGAUGAUGAGCAGGGAAUUUACUGGGAUGGAAGAUCAGCCAAGUGAGUUAGAGGUUGUCUGUAUGGAAGCAAGGAGACUAACAAUGGAACGUGAAGAGAGCUCCACUGAAAAUGAGCCCGGUGAUGAGGAUGCAACUCAAUUUGAACUUGAUUGUGAAGAUGAUCAUGAAAUUCCAAAGGCACAACCAGCUUAUCAUUUUGAACUUAAGGGAGGGAGCUCAAGAAACCCACUGUCUAAACUGGAUGAAGCCACUGAAGAAGAGGAAUAUGACAUUGAGGAGGAAGAAAGCAAUGCAGAAAAGUUAGGUUACCCACAAGCUGUCAAUAAAUGGCUUCCUAACAUUUCGAAGCUAUCAACCUCACUGAAUGGUGUCCGUCUCAGUGACAAAAUCCAGCGUCAGCUGCCCGCUGCUCCGAUGGUUGCUGAUUCCAUGAAAACUUCUGAUGGCAACAACAGUCACAGUGGCUCCCAAGUUGGUAACUGGAGGAGUGCAAACGAGCAGCUUCCAACAAGUGCGAGCUUCGUCAAGCUAGCUGACAUGGGAGCAGAGACAUGGGUGCUGUUCCUCGAGAAGUUCCAGGAGCUGCUUCCUGGGGCAUUCCGCUCUCGCAAGUGCGGCACCACAGGGCAAAGGGCAAGGCAGAGGCUUGGCACUUCUUGCCAGUUUUGAGGUAGUGCAGGAUUAGGGAGGUGAAUGCCUUGUUUGGCUGCUGCUGUUUGCUGUGGCUUUCUUGUAGGUGUUAAGCUAUGCAGCUGUAGAAUAAAGCCAUCCUUUUACAGGCUUGCAAUAGGGUUUGAGCAACUGAUAUCGCCUGUGCCAGAGGUCCAUUGUGUGAUGAUGGCCUUUUUCUGUACAUAGUGUUUUUUUCAUCUUUCUUUUCUAGUUAGACAUGAGUUUGCUUGAAGGAAGCUGGGAUGUGAUGCCUGCCCAGUUAUUGGCCGCCCAGUUCCUCCACUCAUGAUAUGCAUUCAAAGAUGUCAUUCAAAUAAACAUUUGAAAAGGUUUCUGAUGUGAUCAUUUAACAUUUGUUCAGUUUCAGAGUACUGUUAAAGCUC